UCAUCAAUCUAACUGGUAUUAGUUAAGGCUAAUUUCUGGGACUUUAUUUUGAAAAAAAAAAGCGUCAUACCGGAAGUUAGUGUUGCUAGCUUCACUGCUUGUCGAGCCGCCACCGGACAGCUCGUAACGGAGGUACACACGAUGCUUGACCCGAUGGAAAACGGCCAUGACGGCAUAGAGGAUGAAGCUUUCCCUCCCCUCCCACCACCUCACUCCCCGGGCCAGGGAGGACAAGAGGAGGGAGACCCUUUUGGAAAUGAGGAGGAAGACGGCGAGGUGUCCAAGCUGGCUGAGGUCCCUGCUGCUAAAAGGAAAGGGGUGAAGAGGCCGCAGCCCAAGCUGGACUCUCAGAGGCUGAUCUCAGAAAGAGGACUUCCAGCUCUGCGAACACUGUUCGAUAAUGUCCAUUUCAAAGGCAAAGGGCACGAGGCUGAGGACCUGCGGCUGCUGAUGCGGAAGAUGGAGAACUGGGCCCACAGGUUGUACCCCAAACUGCAGUUUGAAGAUUUUAUUGACAGAGUGGAAAAGCUCGGCAACAAGAAGGAAGUGCAGACGUGUCUCAAACGGAUACGACUGGACAUGCCACUGACACACGAAGAUUACAUGGGUGAAGAAGAGGCAGCUCCCGAAUCGCAUGUCUUUGGGGAUCCAGAUCCGUUUAACGGCGCGAUCUUCCCUAAUGACCUGCAAGGGCCGGUCCACUCUACCCCGGCUCCAGCUGCCCCACCUGCCCCCUCCCCAGCUGCCCCCUCCCUGACCGAGGAGCAGCGUAAACGCAUGGAGCUGAACAGACAGCGGGCCCUGGAGAGAAAGCUCGCCCGCCAGCAGCAGCAGCAGCAGCAAACAGAUCCUUCAGACUCCCAGACUGUUGACUCAUCCGCGUCAGCAGAUGAACCCACAUCAGUGUCCUCCGCAAAUGUCCUGAACAACUCUCAAGAUCAGCAUGAGGAGGUGGAGGAUUUAGACCUGGAGCCAGCCGCCAGCAGCACGCAACAACCCAGCCAGCUUCCACACAAAGACUCUGAGCCUUCUGCCAAAUCACCUCAGCGUGAGAAAGAGGAUGAAACCAGCCUCAGCCAGGUCCUUCAACCCAGCAACGAGCGUGAGGACGGAGAUUAAUGCUCAGUUCAGGAGCCGCUAACUGUGCGGCCAAAGUCUUUUGGCAGUGCAUCAAACUUGUGCAUAAAUUGUCUGCAAAGAGCAAACCCAACUUUGUUCAAAUUCAGAAUUCCUCUUCCCCUUGUUCCUGUCUGAAAUAUACGUAUAAUUAAGCACUGAUCCCACAUCUGUUUUGAACUGUUUUACCAUCAGCAGCAUUUCGUUUGGUUUCCCAAGUUUCAGUUAUUCCUUAACUGUGCUACUGUAGCUGUUACUUGAAAAUGGCCAUUUGACCCUUAAAGCUAGGGUCGGUAAUGUAUUUCAGAAGCAUUUUUUGUUAUAUUUGUUGAAAUUCUCUUUACGUCCCAAAAGCAAUCAAUAAAUCAAAUGCUGUGAAUAAAUCCAGUGUCUGUGGCUGUUGCAGGCCUGUAAUGAGCUACCUGCCUGUCUACCUACCUGUGGGCACUCUGCCCGUGCAUGAAAAUGUGUUUUGGGGCACUGGCUUUGGAUGGAGGCCUGAAGGGAGGGGGUGGGAUUGUUUCAGUUAGCUUGAAUGUCAUUAACUGUAACAGAGUGCCUUGUUAUUGUCAUGUACUUUAGUAACGUAAUCAGUGCAGCAGGCCACUGCAGUAACUUAUUAAGUCCUUUUUUCUUUUCUGGAGCUUAAACUGAAGACAUUUCUGUAAAACUGCGGCCUGAGCUGUGUGGUUUUAGCUUUGAUAAAUUGGGGCAUAGUUACUGUCCUUACCAAUUUUUGUUAAAAUGCCAAGCAAUAACAAUAAACAUUUCCUUGUAAAUUGAA